UCAUGCAUUAGCGCAUGAGGUUGGUUACAGCGAGUCAAAUACAAACUCAGGGAAAUGUAUGUGCGUUUUGCGGGUACAAAACAAGUAUUUUCACUUGUUUACCAUUGUGUAUUGGAGGAUGCGUUCUUUGUGGUUUGUGUCAAAUCCUAAUUUGAUGUGAAAGAGAACUCGAGCAUGAAAACAUCUUGGACUUUCUACGUUGGCAUGGUAACGGGCAUCCUUGUUGUUCUGACUUUGGUUCUCAUCAAGAUGAAUACCUCAAAAUGGAAGGGUGGAUUAUUUCCACGAGAUAUGCAGGAUGGCUUGAAACACACGCUUCUCACCGAGGAACCUGGGACAUCCCCUCCUGGCAUGCGAGGACAACGGAUAUUGUGUUGGAUACUUACCCAACCAAAGAAUUUGAAGAACAGAACUCUUGCUGUCAAAGAAACAUGGGGAGGUGACUGUGAUAUAACGCUGUAUUUCAGUUCCGUCACGGACCGUCAGUUCCCAACAAUAGGAUUAGGCAUACCAGAAAAAAGGAAGAACCUAAUCAAGAAGGUUAUCGCUGCUUUACAAUACAUUGACAAGUUCUAUUCGGACAAAGCCGAUUGGUUCUUAAAAGCUGAUGAUGACACAUUCAUCAUUGUGGACAACUUACGUCAUUUCCUGAGGACCAAAGACCCGGAUGCACCAGUGUAUUAUGGGUGUAAACUCGAGGGGAAGCGUCUACACUACCACAGUGGUGGGGGAGGAUAUGUGAUGAGCAAAAAUGUUCUCAGGAAAUUUGUUCAAAAUGUAAAUAAAUCACCGGAAUGUACAAUGCAGGGAGCAGAGGACGCUGCUGUAGGGAGAUGCUUGAACUCCCUCGGCGUCCAUCCAUCUUACAGUGUCGAUCAAAAUGGAUACUUCGUGUUCCACUGGUCUUCGGUUUUCUUGUACCUGGUUGGAAUCACAGAGGACACUCCUAACUGGGUGAUACAAAGACAACCAUUCUGGAGUCGUCACAACGUUGCAAGCAAUGUAUCCGUCAGUUUCCACUAUGCACGGAAUGGUGGUAUGAGAGCGAUGCACUUUCUCCUCAACAAUCUCACUGUGCAUGGUUAUCGGAAACCAACAGUCUACCGCCUGCAGGGGGAGUCACGUCAAACAGUACCUACAUCAGGGAACAGACUCCGUUAAAACUUCCCCUUUAAACUUCACACGGGACUUGAAGUAUAUGACAUGAAGGACAAGACUUGAAGUAUAUGACAUGAAAGACAAGACUUGAAGUAUAUGACAUGAAGGACAAGACUUGAAGUAGAUGACAUGAAGUACAAGACUUGAAGUAUAUGACAUGAAGGACAAGACUUGAAGUAUAUGACAUGAAGGACAAGACUUGAAGUAGAUGACAUGAAGUACGAGACUUGAAGUAGAUGACAUGAAGUACAAGACUUGAAGUAUAUGACAUGAGGGACAAGACUUGAAGUAUAUGACAUGAAGGACAAGACUUGAAGUAUAUGACAUGAAGGACAAGACUUGAAGUAGAUGACAUGAAGUACAAGACUUGAAGUAUAUGACAUGAAGGACAAGACUUGAAGUAUAUGACAUGAGGGACAAGACUUGAAGUAUAUGACAUGAAGGACAAGACUUGAAGUAUAUGACAUGAAGGACAAGACUUGAAGUAUAUGACAUGAAGGACAAGACUUGAAGUAGAUGACAUGAAGUACGAGACUUGAAGUAGAUGACAUGAAGGACAAGACUUGAAGUAUAUGACAUGAGGGACAAGACUUGAAGUAUAUGACAUGAAGGACAAGACUUGAAGUAGAUGACAUGAGGGACAAGACUUGAAGUAUAUGACAUGAAGGACAAGACUUGAAGUAUAUGACAUGAAGGACAAGACUUGAAGUAUAUGACAUGAAGGACAAGACUUGAAGUAUAUGACAUGAAGGACAAGACUUGAAGUAUAUGACAUGAAGGACAAGACUUGAAGUAUAUGACAUGAAGGACAAGACUUGAAGUAUAUGACAUGAAGGACAAGACUUGAAGUAUAUGACAUGAGGGACAAGACUUGAAGUAUAUGACAUGAAAGACAAGACUUGAAGUAUAUGACAUGAAGGACAAGACUUGAAGUAUAUGACAUGAAGUACAAGACUUGAAGUAUAUGACAUGAGGGACAAGACUUGAAGUAUAUGACAUGAGGGACAAGACUUGAAGUAUAUGACAUGAAGUACAAGACUUGAAGUAUAUGACAUGAAGGACAAGACUUGAAGUAUAUGACAUGAAGUACAAGACUUGAAGUAUAUGACAUGAAGGACAAGACUUGAAGUAUAUGACAUGAAGGACAAGACUUGAAGUAUAUGACAUGAAGGACAAGACUUGAAGUAUAUGACAUGAACGACAAGACUUGAAGUAGAUGACAUGAAGUACAAGACUUGAAGUAGAUGACAUGAAGUACAAGACUUGAAGUAUAUGACAUGAAGGACAAGACUUGAAGUAUAUGACAUGAAGGACAAGACUUGAAGUAUAUGACAUGAAGGACAAGACUUGAAGUAUAUGACAUGAACGACAAGACUUGAAGCAAAGGACACCUGGGGUCGAUGACUUUUUAUAAUGUUGCUGAUGAGGAGUUAUCCUCGUAUAUGUCCCUGCAAGUGUUGUGACACUUUUGUGAAACGAACACGUUAACUUAUACGUACCUGGUACGACUCUUACGUUAUUUAACCAAAGUUGAUAUUAUGUAUAUAAUAGGAUGUUAUUGACACCCUUGAAAUAUAGAUAUAUAAACGAAAUACCGCUUGUGCUUGCAUCAACUUAUCACGCAGGGCCUAUAUGGAUAGCACAGUAGCUAAAGCUGGGAAAAAGGCCAAAUGUUUUCUGUAAAAAUAGUAUUGAUAUUUAUAGUUUACAAUAAUUCAUUUAUCAUCGAAUGAGCCUUCAUAUGCCUACACUCAAUUUACUGAGAAAACCUUCUAAAGAAUGACUCAGCAAACUGACUUUCAGAAGCUGUAAAAGAGUCGAGUCUGGACAAAGCAGAAUUCAGGAUUAAAAUGUUUGACUUGCACAGAUUUAUCAGACUCGAUUAUUUACAGAAAUAUGUGAUAUAGCUGGACAACCCAGAAGUCUAAGGUUUUACUGUUUCCAGUAUACGUUAAGUCAAUUUGGUAUUUGACUUCGGACAAUGAAUUCUGCUCUUAUCAGAGAUUACUUCAGACCUAGAAAAAUAAAGUUUGCCACUUUAUUUAUAUAUUUAAUAAAUAACUAUAUCUGUGACAAUACCUCAAACAGCUGUGUGACGUAUGUUCUAUUGUACUACUGACACCGUGGGAUGAGGACAUCAAUAUACAUAACCAUUACUUGCACUGCUUGUAGCUUCAAUGUAGUUUUAUUACGUAUUGAACUGGUAUAUUACGACGAUGUAGGUACGCCUUAUAAUAUUAACUACAUGGAAGUUAAAUCCCGGUUGUUCACGAUGUGAUACAUUGUUCCUACCUAGCUGGUCAAUAAAAGCCCCCGACUACAGCUGUUCCCAACGGUAGCACGUUGUGCCCGGCAAACAAGUAAAGAGUAGGCGACUUUAGUCACAGAUAUGUACACGAUGCAUUCGAUCAUGGUAUCGUUGCGUUGUGGGACCUCUCUUCUACUAUAAUUAUUCCUGUGAACUAUUUCAUGAUACCACGGACAACUAGACGCGGACGUCGUUUUCUUACCGCCAUUUUUAUUCUCCCCAACCAAAGCUCCUUCCCAGCGCGUGACACCUUCGUUACACUCUCGGUAACAUCGCUGCCACCAGUGUGAGCGCGGCCAUUACAAGAAUCUUGAAAUUUGGACUCUAACCCUAAAUGUAGUCACGUUCAUACUUUUGUUCAUGUCUUUGGGAAUGCCAUCAUAGUGAAUUUUGAAAAGGUUUACGACUGACCAUGUUUUCCAGAUGAAUUUACUUUGUUGUUUGUACAAUCAGAUUGGUUCGAGAUUGCAGACUAACGGAAA